AUGGCAGACCUCAACAGCACCGAAGAACCACAGUUAUUUCCAUCCAAACGCAAGCAAACAACCGAAGACGAUUCCACAAAGAAACUCCGGCCGGACGCCGCCGUAUCCACCGACGUAGAAGAAAAAAUCGCGAACGAAAAUGGCGAAAAACACGAAAUCGAAGACGAAGAAGAAGAAGACUACGAGGAAGAAGACAAAACAGAUUCAGGUGAUUCAGACGACGAAGAUGAACAUGUUAAUGGCGGAAAUGAAGUUGAUCGGAAGGGGAAGGGGAUAAUGAAGGAUGAUAAAGGUAAAGGUAAGAUGAUUGAAGAAUCUGAAGAAGAUGAUGAUGAUGAUUCUGAAUCUGACGGUGGUGGAGAUAGUGGAUCGGACGGUGAUGAUGAUUUCUCCGAUGAUCCGUUGACGGAGGUUGAUUUGGAUAACAUUCUUCCGUCCAGGACACGACGUCGUACGGCUCCAUCAGGAGUGAAAAUUUCCAGUGAUGACGUCACCAAUGGUAAAGGUGACGAUGCCUGA